CCGGGCACCUGCACCAGUAGACCAGAUUGCCACUCCGGUGGACAGCAGCUAAAACCUCAUGAACUGUCAAUCCAUCUUCACUGAACGCGGGGUCCCUAAAGAGUAUAUGAUCGUCGCCAUGGAACGACCAGUUGACCUCGAUAAAUCCAAGCAGCCUGCUCUUCUUCGCUCCAGGACAAUUCGAAACACAAUUGCUCAACAUGGGGUUCUUUCAGACUUUCCUCCCAAAGGAGGACCGCUUUGCAGCUUUGAUGCUGUAUGGCAUGGUCUUCAGUACUUGUUUCAAUGGCUAUGAUGCUGGAAUCAUGACUGUCAUCCUCGCAGAUAAACAGUUCAUCGAUUAUUACGAUGUUGAUGCGACUCGAAGCGGGGUCAUCGCGACCAUUCCCUGGGCUUCAACUGGUCUUGCACAACUGUUCGUCGGUGGAACUCUGGCCAGUUGGGUCGGAAGACUCUGGGCCUUGAGAAUUUCAAUCGCAGUCAUGAUUGUUGGAGUUGUCGUUCAGGUGGUGCCAAAUACCUACGCAGUUCUCAUCGUCGGACGCCUCAUCACCGGUCUGGGUUUUGGUUGUGUCUAUAUCGCAACGAAUUUGUAUGUCGCGGAAUGUGCUCCUCGAUCCCUCCGUGGUAGUUUCGUCGGAACUGUCUCACAAUUUGGCUAUCAAUUGGGAACGUUAAUUGCCUUCUGGUCGGGCUAUGGAAUGUCUUAUCAUCACUCUCCUUUCAACAUCGCGUGGCGAAUCUCCAACGUCAUUCAGAUCCCGAUCGGUCUCACUUUCAUCGUCCUCUCAUUCUGGUAUCUGGAGUCACCCCGAUGGCUUCUUGAAAAGUAUCCCGAGACGCCAGAGCGCUGUCUGAAUGCGCUGGCCAAGCUUCGGUCUGGAACAGUUGAUGAUGACCGAGUGCGAAUCGAGUUUCACGAGCUGGUUUCAUCCCAUGAGUACAGAAAGAAGUUCAAGACCGGAUACAUGGGAAUCCUCUCCAGUGCUGGUAUGCGGAAACGUCUCGCUUAUGGCGUUUACGCCAUGGGUCUUCAGCAAUUCGGAGGUAUCGCUGCUCUCACCAUGUAUGCAGCCUUGAUUUACCAGUCUCUCGGUUGGGACAAAGGUCACCAAGCGCUUGCAAUCAACGGUAUCCAAGCAGCACUCCAACUGGUCGUCGUGCUAGUCAACACAUUCACCGUCGAUCGAUUUGGUCGGAAAUCGCUCCUCAUCGUUGGCUUUGCCAUCCAGUCUGUGGCUCUUUUGAUUCUCUCAUCUCUCACGACGAGCUUCCCAGAUAAUAACAACAAAGCUGCAGCUGUCGCAGAGAUUGCAAUGCUGUUUAUUGUCGGGCUUACAUACUGCUGGUCAAAUGGACCCAUCCCACCCGCGAUUGCGUCCGAGAUCUUUCCCCAGGAAGUGAGAGACAAGGCUUUCGGUCUCUCUCUGCUCGGCCAGACUACUUGUUUACUGGCAUUGACUCAACCUUGGCCCAAGUUCAAUGAAGAAGUUGGCCCAAAGUCCUACUGGCUUUUGUUCUCCUUGAACGUGGUUGCAAUGAUCAGUGUCAUUUUCAUCCUCCCAGAAACAAAAGGUAUCUCGCUCGAGCGUAUGGACAAGCUCUUCGGCGAGGUCGAUGCUGUGUCAGCAGGCGAAGAGCAAACAUCUGCUGAGAAGAUCGAGGCUAUCACUUAUAGCGGCAAAGCGAUGGAUGAGAAGAUGAUGGAUGUGAGCGCAAAUCAUGUCGAGAGUGCGAGAGAAAAGGGCAUCUGAUUAGGGGAUGUUUCCUUGUUAUGAUGAGGAAUAGCCCUAGAGAGACAUGAAAACUUUGGCCUGCAUAGUUCUUUGUUCUAACUCAGUAAGGCCAGUCUCAACGGCGAGCACCGUACUGGACUCCAGGAGAAUAUUGAUUUGCUCUUCAUAC